UACUGUAGCAGUGCCGCUGCCGCUGCUGUUGCUGCUGCUUCUUGCAAUAUUGUGUUCUGUUGUGUUGCUAACUUGUGUAGUAAAUGGUUGAUCGCUUGAUUGUUAACAACAACAUCUACCAGUAAAAAUUCAAAAAUGAACGAAGUAGGAAGGCAAAUUUUUGUUUUGCUCAAUGGACACAUGAAACAAGUGCAGUUAAUUUGUUGACAACAAAUAAAUUACAUAUAUACAUAAAUGUAUAUGAAAUUACAUUUGUAUAAAUAAAACCAAUACAACUCAGAAAAUGUGAAGUGUUUAAAUGGUCCGAAAAGUAAUUAAAGAUAUAUACAAAGUGGAUCAAAAUUAAUCACCCUAUCGGAAGAUUUAUAAUUUUUGUAAAUGGCGUCGUAAGUCAAUCAUAUAUGCCACUUGUGUACUAGACAGCUGCAGUAUACAAACAGACAAGCAGUGGAGCACGUAAAGGUGUAGCUGCAUUUUAAUUCGCGUAAUGAAACAAUCCACCUUUUUAAAUAAAAUAUUACGUCAGUUUCGGAAAAAACAAGUAUGCACUGAAGGUAAAUCAAUUAAUAAGUCCAUCAAUUGGGAAAGGAAACAACGUUUAAAAAUUAAAAGCAAUCUAAAGCACUCGGCUUACAAAUCUCGGGAGAUAAUCAAUCGCAAAAGCAGGGCUUCGCUAAAAAUUGAAGGAAAGUCUACAAAUAAAGUAAAUUUCAUUGAAUUUAAUAAAAGAAACGAAACUGCAUUAAAAGAGCAUAAAAUACCUGUUGCGUCAACCAGAAGAGCGUCAAGUGAAAUCUUAAAAUUUAGUUCACCACACUCAGUAAGUGAUAUUUCAGCUCAUAUUAAGUCGGAGGGCAAUUACAAAGAGCACCCAAUUGAAAGUAUCACACAUACGAAAACAAGAGAAUCCUCCGUUUUUGGUUACAAGCGUUUACCAAAUGGUAAUGUAAUGCCAAAAAUACAAAACAGACACAGCAAUUUAACUUUCAGUGUACAAAACUGUAUGUGUUGCAAUAGUACUGCUUGCACGAGUGACGUCACAAAAUCUGACUUUGACCUGCGCAGUAACCAUAAUUUCUAUGAGCUACAACCCGCGAAGAAAUCAUACCGUCAUGAGCAUCAUGAAACAUUUCUGAGCAACAAAACUCAACUUCUAAAGGAAACGCUUUCCACUAUGCAAUUGCAACAUCAUUUGAGCGUGCAACAGCAAGAAUUAAUACAGCAACUCCAGUUCGUACAACGGCAAUAUCUCAUGCAUCAAGGAUUUGUGAAGCCAUUGCAAUUGGACUUUCAAGCCCAGGUCAACAACUCUCCACCACCAUGUAGCAAUCCGUUCAGUCAUGAACAUCAACAAUUUCAUUUGCAACAAGAGCACCCGCAUUCAUUGGCCAGAAAAAAUGCUACAUACUACGAGUCGAAAUAUUUAUUGCAACAAGAAAUGUAUUUACAACAUGAACAAAAUUUAACAAAACCACUCUCUGAAUAUAGAGAACAGCAAAACCAACAACAACAUUACGAUGCGGCUAUUAACAAUCAAGCAGUGAGUAGCAAAAUAAAAAAUACUAACGUGAGCGAUAAUAGUAAAAAUAAUGACAAGAACAAUGACAUACCCAGUGCUUAUGACAAGACACAAUUUAUAAAGCUUAUACAAAAAACAACAUCUGAACAACACGAGCAUCAACUACUGCAAGAACAUCAAUCAAAGGAAGAUCCAUCUAGGUUCAGUUCAGAGUGUAAGUCAAUUCUAGGAGAACCGUAUAAGGAGCGGAAUGAAACCAGUUUAAGUGGUGAUUUUAAGCCUUCAAGUACUCAAUUCAUGGAAGGAAGAGAACAGCUGCAACAGGCUAGCCGCUCGAGCAGUGCGACCAGUAGUAACAUUUUUCAAUAUCAUAAGCGAAACUCUGGGUAUAAGGAGAAUGGCAGCAAUAAUAAGGUUCUUAAUAGAAAUAGAAGUACAAUACGGCAACAACAACACCAAAAAGAACUACAGUCGCAUUACAUGAGUAAAGCGUGUGCACAAGGCGACGACAGUGAUAGUACCCAACAUACCACUAAUAUUUUCCCAGAGGAUGAGUUAAUGUCGGCGGUAGCUGAAGACAAUAUGCAGGGGACGUCUAGUAAUCACCCUCUCCCCAAUGGGAGGAUGUUUAUCGACAAGCAUGAUCAAAACAAUAUGACAGCAUCGCAUAAUCAGCGUCAGCACAUGCAACAUAUCACUCAGGCACUCUGCUUAACCGCGCCAUCGCCAUCUUCCUCGCUUGACGAAGAAAACAUUGGCAGUAAUAGUCACCACUCCACAGCUAUUGAAAUGGAUGAGUUCACAUCCUGGACGAAUCCCGUAGGCCAAGUCAGCAGUAUAACUGAUGAUAUAAAUGAAUAUAUGCAAUACCAACACAGCAGCGUUGGAGGAGGAAGUAGGAGUCGUAGUAGAGGUAGCAGCAAUAGCAAUCAAAAUAGCACAUUUGACAAUGGUAGUGGCAACAGAGAUAACAUCAAACGUCAGACGCAUGAAGUUCGUAGUGACAUACAGGAUAUUAGAACCACCACGCCACCGUCGGCUAACUCACAACACCACAUACAAUCAGGACAUAAGCUAGAAACUACCCAGUCAUCCUUAUCGCGCCAAGACCUGCAACCUCAACAACAGCAGCAACCACAACAACAUUAUCAUUUGGGUCAAGGCAAAACCAACCUAGCGUCGUCUUUAAUAACACUGCCACCGCCGCUAACAAUGUCGCCAAUAACGACUUUGUCACCUGCAUCAACAGCUCCAGUAUUGGGCGUACCGUCGACACUGCGUGCAGCAGCAAUAGCGGCUGCUACUGCUGCAUCGCAUGCACAAGUACCACCCCGCAAUGCCGCCGCAGCUGUGGCAGUAGUAGCUGCAGCAGCAGCUGCUGCAACGGCUGCAAGCAGUGGCUGCGUCAGUGGUGCACCGACGACGCCAAACUUUGGAAGUCUAUUGGAUGCAAUAAGCAGCGGCAGCAGUGGGAGCAGCAGCGAUAACAAUGGCGAAUAUAAUGGCACAGACGCUUUAGCAACCAAAGCUACCACUGUUGAUAGCAAUAAAAACACUUACAGUCCAAAGAAAUACUAUCAUCCACUGUAUGCACAUGGAAUGUGUCGUUGGCCAGGCUGUGAGCUUGCGCUUAAUGAUUUCACAGCUUUCGUUAAGUAAGUAAUAGCACAUAUGGAAGUAAAAUACAUAUAAAUACAAUAAUUACUAGUGCAUAUCACAAAGAG